UUAAUAUUCGGGCUUCCACUGCCCUCUCGCCGGCGUGCACGAUCGCAACCGGCCGUGCACACUGUUGUGAGCGCGCACGCGCGCAACCCGUACGUGGAUCAGACCCAGCAAUAACAGUCCUGACGGGAUGAGCUGAAAACAUUUGACCCGGUGGAAGUAACCCUCCUAUCCCGAGGUAGGUGAUAGAAUGUGAGCGUGCGUGGAUCUCUCCAAGCGGGCUGCAUGAAGCCCCGCGGACGGUGUCAUGCGUCUUGCCCCGCAGCAGAGCGCGCACCCGCUGCGGCUCGCCGUCGUGCUCCUCCUGGUCUCCGCGGGGGUGCUCGCGUCCCCGCUGCUGUCGUCGGGCUGCCCGGACAGGUGCGUGUGCGACGACCAGCUGGUGGUUCAGUGCGCCGGGCAGCACCUGAGCGGCUUCCCGGCGGACCUGCCGCUGGCCACCCGGCAGCUCAUCAUCUCCGACAACCUCAUCGCGGAGCUCCCGCCCUUAGCCCUCAACUACCUCUCGGACCUGGUCUACCUGGACUGCAGCAACAACUCCCUGACCGAGGUCUCCCAGUCCACGUUCGGGAAUCUACGGAAGCUGGCCUAUCUCGACCUGUCCUUCAAUACCCUGACCCGGAUCCAGGACAGGACAUUCGGCCCCCUGGCGAGUUUGAUCAUGCUGAGGAUGACGGACAACCCGCAGCUGUCCGACAUCCACCCGGACGCCUUCGCGGAAAAUCUCGCCCUGCAGGUUCUGGACGUGAGCAGGAACAAUUUGACAGAACUGAACGUCACGUCGCUCGUUGCGUUGCCGGCUCUGCGCUCCCUGGGACUCAGCGGGAACCCUUGGAGCUGCGAGUGCGUCAUGGAGGAGCUCUGCCUGUGGGUGCACUUGGAGGGCUUCAAGUUCCAAGACGAGGGCCAGACCGUUUGCGCUUCCCCGGACGACCUGGAGGACCGUCGUCUCGGCGAGAUGGGGAUCCAACUACGGACGUUGUGUCACCCCACUCUGGGCUCCUGGGACUACCUUUUCUUCGUGAUCAUCGGCUUCGUCAUCUUCGCCGCGGGGACCGUGUCGGCCUGGGUCAUGGGGGUCAUCAUGGUGCUCUACGAGCGCUACAUCAAGAAGAAGGACGAGCAGCUGGAGCUGGACGAGGUGGGGAUGGACCGGACCGCACGGGCCAGGAGUGACCACGGGGAUGCUUUGUUAAAACACACUGUAUAGAUAGGGGUUUUUGGCCUCUUUUUUUUCUCACUUUGGAUUGUCACUGUGACAGUUUGCGACUUUUUUGAUAGGUUGAUUGGGAAGUGCCUGACUGACAAGGAGGAUGUGAGUCAAGCCGGUUCCCUCCAAGCUUGUAUGACCAUUUAGGGUACAGCCAUUGUUGUGUACAAAUUGAUAACUUAUAUUUUGAGCGUCAGAUGGCGACCUACCUCGCAAACACUGCCAGAUCUAUCAAGGUACAAUCGAAAUGUCCCUUGUGGUACUCAUGGACCACGUAGGGCUUAUUGCUGGACUCCUGUAUAAGACUUGUUGUACCUUUUCCAGGGCCCAAGAGCUACAUGCAUGUUUCAAAAGCAGUACUUUUUUUAGGGUACCACACCAGCGACAAACUGUUAUCUGCUGCGAGAGAUUAGUACAAUCAAUCAAAAAAAUAAAAAAGCUACAGUAUAUUGCCAAAAGUAUUUGGCCACCCAUCCAAAUGAUUAGAAUCAGAUGUCCUAAGGUGUAUAAAAUCAAGCACUUAGGCAUGGAGACUCUUUAUACAAAUAUAGGACAAUUCCAUGCUCCCAACCUUCCUUUUCCAACAUGACUGUGCACCAGUGCACAAAGCAAGGUCCAUACAGACAUGGAUGACAGAGUCUGGUGUGGGUGAACUUGACUGGCCUGCACAGAGUCCUGACCUGAACCCGAUAGAACACCUUUGGGAUGAAUUAGAACGGAGACUGAGAGCCAGGCCUUCUCGACCAAUGCGCUUUUGGAAGAAUGGUCGAAAAUUCCUAUAAGCACACUCCGCAACUUUGUGGACAGCCUUCCCAGAAGAGUUGAAGCUGUGAUAGCGGCAAAAGGUGGACCAACAUCAUAUUGAACCCUAUGGGUUAGGAAUGGGAUGGCACUUCAAGUUCAUAUGUGAGUCAAGGCAAGUGGCCAAAUACUUUUGGCAAUAUAGUGUAUAUAUGAAAUAGAUGACCAAAUAAUAUGGAAAGCAAUGUUGCAAUAAAAGCCAUUUUUUAUGAUUGGAAAAAAAACACUUUAACUGUUACUAAAGCAAAUAUCAUCAUCUCUGCUUGUUUGUUUUUUACUUCAAAACAGUGGCAGUCAGUGCUGCUAUGGUAGUUUUUUUGCC